AUGCCAGUGGCUUUAGGGCAUCUCCUUCUACUUGUACUUGGAACAGUCUAUCUUCAAAAAACAAGCUGUCCAUCAAUGGCUCUCCAACAAGAUUCAAGAUGUGGGCAUAAAGUCCUUGGAAGCGAUUCGUGGGCCUUUUAUAAUCACUUUGCUCGGAUUGUUGGUGGAAGUCAAGUACAACAAGGAUCACAUCCAUGGCAGGUUUCCUUGAAAAGAAGUAAUCAUCAUUUCUGUGGAGGAACUCUUGUUUCCACUCAGUGGGUAAUCACAGCAGCUCACUGUGUUGUAAGCAGAUCACUGCUGCAUUUGCUGACCGUCACUGCUGGAGAACAUGAUUUGAGUCUAAAAGAUGAGGAAGAGCAGACGCUCCCUGUCAAAUACAUAAUUAAGCACCCCAAAUUUAAUAGGAGGAAACCAAUGGAUUAUGAUAUUGCUCUUCUAAAAAUGGAUGGUCACUUCCAAUAUGGUGCAACAGUAUGGCCAGUAUGUCUUCCUGGCCCGCAUGAAAAAUUUGAUCCAGGAUAUGUAUGUGUCACUUGUGGUUGGGGUCGUUUAAGAGAAAAUGGGAUUCUCCCUGACGUUCUGCAUGAAGUCAGAUUGCCUAUCUUAGACCAGACACAAUGUUCUGGAAUCUUGUCAACUCUAAGGAGGCCUAUUCAAAGUCACACUAUAAUGUGUGCUGGAUUUCCAGAUGGAGGAAAAGAUGCUUGCCAGGGGGAUUCUGGAGGUUCACUUGUGUGCCAACGUGAACAUGGCCCUUGGACCCUGAUUGGAGUGACUUCAUGGGGCAUAGGAUGUGCUCGAAGCUGGAUUCAUAAUCUGCAAAAGAAGUAUGCGAAAAGAGGAACUCCGGGAGUCUUUACGGAUCUGACCAAGGUGCUCCCUUGGAUUCAGCAGCAUAUAGAUACCG